AUGAGCGAAAAACAUUCAACGGCAUCCGAGCCGUCCAUCACCGUUCCAGAGGACAAGAGUGACCUUGAAGCAGGCCCCAAAACGAUCGUCACCCCCGAGCCUCUCAUCGACGCCGAAGACGACAAAGAUCCAAAUCUCGUCACCUGGAACGGACCCGAUGACCCAGAAAACCCCAAGAAUUGGCCGACAGGACUGAAGUGGAAGAAUACCUGGACGAUUUCUCUUUUUGUCUUCAUCUCGCCCGUAUCGUCAUCCAUGAUUGCUCCCGCGCUGGCUGAUCUCGCCAAGUCGCUGGGGAUGCACAAAGAAAUUGAGACAUACCUGUCAUUGAGUAUCUUCAUUCUCGCCUACGCCAUCGGCCCCAUUUUCUUCGGUCCGGCGUCUGAGCUGUACGGUCGAGUACGUUUACUUCAGGUCAGCAACGUGUGGUAUCUGGCCUGGAAUCUGGGAUGUGGUUUCGCGAAGACCAAAGCUCAGCUUUUUGCUUUUCGAUUCCUUGCAGGCAUUGGUGGUACGAUAUGUGGUCUGCAGAAGAACGUGGUAAAAGCCAUGGGUGUCUAUACUCUUGGACCACUCAUGGGACCCGUCAUUGGACCCAUUGCUGGCGGGUUUAUUGCCGAGUAUUCAACCUGGCGCUGGGUAUUCUGGUCCACCUCCGCUGCGGCUGUCGCAGUGCAGAUAGUUGGGUUCUUCUGGUUGAAAGAAUGCCACCCGGGCACGCUUCUACGAAAGCGACGCGACGCCCUUGCCAAAGAAACAGGCAAUGAGAACCUUCACACCGCGGAGAAAAAUGAGACCCUGGCUUACAAGCUUCUUCAUGCAUUUGAGCGGCCGGUACGGAUGUUCGCAACACAGCCUAUUGUCUUCUCAAUCUGGACCGUGGUCUACCACGAGAGCCCCGGAAUUGGCGGUCUCAACUAUCUCUCAAUCGCGAUUGGAUCCUUUAUCGGGCUCUUCUUUAAUCUCAAGCUCGUGGACCGUAUCUACAGAAUUCUUAAAGCCCGGAACAAUGAUGUCGGCAAGCCCGAGUUCCGAAUGCCGUCCUUGGUUGUGGGAUCGGUGAUCAGCACCAUCGGGCUCUUCUGGUACGGCUGGAGCAUUGGGAACACCCACUGGAUCAUGCCUAACAUCGGUGCGCUGAUCUACACCAUGGGCACGAUCUCCUGCCUGCAGGGCAUGCAAACGUACAUUGUCGACAGCUACCAAACCUACGCGGCCAGCGCCAUGGCUGCCUGUGCUGUGCUCGGAGUUUAUGCGGCUUCGGAUUCCCGCUCUUUGCCCCCUACAUGUACAACACCCUGGGUUAUGGGUGGGGCACCAGUGUGCUGGCCUUUCUGA